AUGGUGUACGGCAUCGAUGAGGCAACCGUCCUCAAGGAAUAUUUCGAUGAAACUGACCAAGGCGUCGCCAUUGAACGCCGCGCAUUCGAUCGACUCGGCUUGCAUCGCAACAUCGUGCAGUGUCUCGGCGAACCUAACAACAAAUCCAUAAUUCUCGAGCGAGGACAACCCCUCUCGAAUGUGACGGGGACGAAAUCUCAACUCGAGCAAAAGCUGCAAUGGAUAAGAGACGCUGCAGAAGGGCUACGACAUAUCCAUCGGAGCGGAAUCGUCCACGCUGAUUUUGGCUGUACAAACAUGAUACUAGUCGAGGAUCGCGUCAAAGUCAUCGAUUUUGGAGGAUGCAGCAUUGAUGGUAGCGAAGCACUUGCAGGCUACAACUGGUACAAUCGCCGAGGAUCCAUGUGUCCGAGCUUAGAGACUGACAUCUUCGCUUUUGGCUGCGCCGUAUUCGAAAUCUUGACCGGCAAACCUCCCUACCAUGAGCUCAAAGACUGCCUGGAACGAGAUGAGACAGUCCGGCAGCUGUACGCUGAACAACGCUUCCCUGCGGUUGACCAGCUGCCACUGCGCGAGUUGAUGCUGGGAUGUUGGCAUGGCACCCUCGGCUCCAUGGACGAAGUUGCGCGAUGUAUUGAUGCGGCAUGCACCGUACACCAAGGAAUCGAUAGCACGGCAUCUAUUAUUACGCAUUUGAUUAGCAAGAUGCGGAGCUGCUUCCGAUCGACUAGUCUUGCGGUAACUAGACAGCUUGAGGGCCGGAUAGGCCAGUCAAACAAAUAA